AUGAAAAGUGCCCACGUGUCGCCAGUUAGCCAGAGAAACCCAGAUGAUUUUUUGACGAAUGAGCGGUCAAAUUCCUUUGUAGGUACAGAGGAGUACAUCGCACCGGAGAUUAUACGUGGCGACGUCCAUGAAUUCGCCAUCGAUAGGUGGGCUCUUGGUGUGCUUUGCUAUGAAAUGCUAUAUGGAACGACUCCAUUUAAGGGUAAGAACAGAAUAGAAACAUUUCAGAAAAUACUAUUAAGCCAGUCAGAAUUCUUCGGCAAGCCAAAUCCAUUAACGGACUUGAUUCGAAAGUUGUUGGAAAAAGGACCCCACGCGCCGCCUCGGGUAUCGAAGAGGCGCCUGCGAGAUUAA